CACACUUUCACUACAGCUCUAAAAGAACUUAGUACUUUCCCCGAAAGCUCAGCAAACCACUGCAGCUGAUUUUUUAGUGCUUCUUACCUAUUACACUAGCAAAUUAGUUAUGGCAUUUUUACCCAGAGCCCUUCCUCUGCUGCUGCUUGCAGUAGUUUGUAUUCAACUGAGUGGAGUCCUAGCUGAUGGACGUGACAGGUGCUGGUGUUUGAAAAGUUUGAAGAAACGUGUCCCGAGAGAAGAAAUUGAAGAGUUCUCUAUUUUCCCCCGAAGAUCGAAGUGUGACACGGUUGAAAUCAUAUUGACACUAAAACCCGUGAAUAAAUCAACUGAAGUCGUGCAGCGCUGCUUGAGUCCAGAAACAAAUUUGUUGGAUCAGGAAGAACAUCAACAACUCACCCACAUUGAAGAUAUCCAACUGCUUCUAAUGCCUUACAUUUAAGUGCAGAAGAGCACGGGAGGACAGAGGGGGGAUCUGGAAACUCCAGAAACCAUUGUGAGUGGAAUUCCAUUCUGACCCUGCACUGGCCAAUCAGAAUCCUGGGAUUUGAGUGUUGGCCUCAUACUGCUGUUGGGAAAUCACAGAAGACCUGAAAGCACCCGGAGCACUGCCAGUAACCGCCGGACGCAGAUGUUGUUGACAAAAGCAUUUGGAUUAGAAUUCACUAGCUGUAUAGCUGAAGCACUGAAUAUAUCAUAACUCCAAACAGUAUUUAAAUGACUAUAUUUUAAAUGGUUUUAUAAUUUAACUUAUUUUAUAAUGUCAAAAGUUAAAAUGUGUUUUAUUAUUUUUUGUCUGACCAGGCCCUUUAAUGUUAUAUGUGAUGUGUUAGAGCUGAUUAACUCACAUUACAGUGUUUCUUUGACAUUAAAUUUUAUAACACAUGAAAUACAUUUUGAGGCUACCAAACAAAAUAUUUUCAUAAUGGAAGCUACUUUAUACAGUUUUGUAAUAAAAACCAAUUUCAAGUUA